AUGUGUCCAAGCACCUGGAGCAAUGAUCCCAGCUGCGGUGCAAACACAAGCGCCAAGGAGCAUGGUGCCGCACAUCACGCCUGCGGCACAAACUGCACCAAUGCACAUGCACAUAAGGCAGGUGCUUGCGCCUGGAUCCCAAGCAAUUGUCCAGGCGCUGCAGGUGGUGCCACAAGUCAGGCCAGGACAGACGGUCCAAAACAACAGCGUGGCCAUGCCAGCUUUCCAGGUGCCAACGCAAGCACCGCCUUUCCAGAAUCCUUUUGCAUGGACAAGCCCUCCAGCUGGCGUGAUGUGUUCCCAGGCAGCCAAUGGCAAGCCACAAGCAGGGCAGCCGAAAACAGUGUGCACGAUUGUACACCCGCCUCGUGCUCAGGCAUUGAUGACACAGGCACUGGCUUGAUGGCAGCUCGAUUUGGUGCCGGUAAACAAGAAUCUGAUUUGCUGGAGAACUUGGGGAAAAAAUACCAGCAGAAUCCUGAUGCCCAGGUCCAACUGAUAUCGUUGGGGAGUUACUGUGGCCCCAAAUUGUCCUUCCAGAAGAUGGGACGGGGUGCGGCCACAUUGCCAUUUGACUGGAUUCGGACUCGAAUGGAGGGCAUCAUUCAUUUCCUACGCAACGACUUUGAGGGCUUCUUUGACUUUGUGACCCAGCAACGUGUGCCUGACACCGGCUUGAUGGUCAUGUUCCGCGGCUACUACCACUCCUUUUGGCACGAUGACCCUAGUGAUCCAUCCAUGCAUGAUCGGUACAACCGCCGCAUUGCUCGGCUGGGCGAGAUGAGCAGCGACCUGGGCACCCAGCUCCUAUUCGUGCGCUCGAAUGUGUCGCACGAGGAAGUGCUGCAGGUGCCCGAGUUGAUGAAGCUGCUCAGGGCCAAGUUCGGCAAGUCCUCCAGGCUGUUGUUGAUACUGGAGAACCAACAGAAGUUUGUGGGCCCAGCCUUAGUGGAUGACGAUGACCACGUGAUGCUGCACUACCUGAGCAUGGAUGUGCACAAAAAGAGUCAUCCAGACAACGCAAUGCCCUAUGCUCGACCGGUGGAGUGUGCCCUGGAUUGGUGCGCUGAAAAGGUCACCUGCCGACAUUUCUCAACUUUCGCAGAAGCCUUUCAGCUAGCUGAUCCAUACCCAGGUGGUGAGAGAGGUCUUGGAGGCCUACCAGCCUUUGAAGCAACUAAAGUGCUGGCCACAGUGGAGGCCACAGGGCAGAAGGCUGUGAACCGAGCAGAUUUGUUGGAGACGAGUCGAAACCCGUUUGACUAUGAGGCCGACAAGGCCGACAAGGCCGAAGGCAUGGUUCUUGAUGCGAAGAUGCGUGAGCCCAGGACCAGGGCUUGA